GACGUGCCCCUGCCUUGUCCCUGGCAGCGCGUGGCUGCACGGGGAGAGGAUGCUCCCAGCACCGCCCGUCUGGCUAAUGCCGCACCAUCUGCUCUGGAGGGUGAGGCAAGGUGAAUGGCAAGCUUUCGAGGAGCCCAUAAAUCCUGCGUGUGAGGGCUCUUCUUGGAGGUGACUUGGGAUGUGCAUGGAGCGAUGCUGCUCCUGGCUGCGUUCCCCGAGCGGCGCUGGCACGUGCGGUGGCUGAAGGGAAAGGAGAGCACCCUGGCCGGGCAGCGUCCCGGGGCUGGAAAUCCUCGCUCCCGGUGGGGAGCAGCGCUGGUGGGGCUCAGCAGUCCCCGUGCAGGCUCAGCUCCCUUUGCUGGACGGGGGCAGGAACAGCUCCAAAUGCCCCAGCUCCUGCACGGGGCGCAGGUAGCGCGGUUGGUGCGGUGGCACAGCCCCAUUGUCUGCCAGGCCUGGCUGCUGGGGGCAUUUCCCUGGGGAAAUUCCCCCCUUGGAGGGGGUGGAAGCAGCUCCGCAGCCUUGCAAGCGAGGCGAGUGGUGGAGAAAGCUCUUUUCCCAUUUUAUGGCUGUAAAAUGCCCCUUGCCCCGUGGCCGUGCCUCUGAAAUGGCAUCAGGCGUGUGGCCUCGCAGCCGGGCGCUGCUCCCCGCAGGCAGGCAGAUGUGGCUGGAAGGUGAUUGCUGAGGAAGCGUGUGUUAGACAGCUUUAUGUGUGCCAAAAUGCUGAUGGCCGGGGGCUCCCGGUGCCCCCUCCCCACCGGCACACGGCAAGGCUGGGCUGCCGCUCGGUGAGAAAAUGUAUAACGGCUCGGAGCUGAAAAAUGACUAACCCAGAGCUUGGACGGUUUGUUGGAUGCGUUGCUUGUUUCUCAGUCGAUAAAGAUAAAGGGGACCAUUCUGCCGGCGAAAUUAGUGUAUCAAAGAAGGGGAAAAAAAUGACAAGCACUGCAUAUGUCUCCGCAGCGAGAAUGGUGGGGGCAGCAUCGCCCUGGUGCCCCUCCUGUCCCGCACCGAGUGCCCACGGGGGCGGACAGGGGCACGGAACACGGCUUCUGGGGAGCACCGGAGCUGAGCCUUGAGGCGUGGGGUGAGACCCUGCUCUUUGGGGGCCGUGCUGGGUUGGGAGGUGUGAACAGGGGGCAGCCGGGUCUUUGCCGGUGGUUUCCCCGCUGAAGCUGCCGAGCCACCUGCUGUCUCCAUCUCUCCGUGCCGGGCUUGCUGGCGGUUUCCUGAGAGCCGGGAGAGACCCAUCCAUCACGGCAGGGCUCUGCGGGGAGCGCUGCCUCCAUCCGUCUGUCUGUCUGUCCGUCCCUCCGGCAGGCGUGGGCAGCCCCAGGCGCUUCCCUUGGCACAGCGGGCUCUGGCUGCCCGGCACCGCCGGCUCUCCGAGCAGGGCCACGGGCACCGAGCGUGCCACCGCCGGCCGGGGCCACCCGUCCCGGAGGCUCAUCGUGGUUCGCGGGGAGGGGAGAGGAGCCUAAUGUACCGGAGGUGCCGCGGAAAUGAGAGCCUUGGACGGAUUCCUGGCCCUAUUGAUCCGCCGGCAGUUUAUGCAUCCUGACAUUCAUAAUCUCGGUAGGCUCUGAUGUUCCAGAUUAAUGGGCCCAGGGGCUGUCCAUCUGUCACUUCACAUUAAUUACUGAAGAGGUGUUUUUCCAGUGAUUUACCUGACAGCGGCCCGUGAUGAAUACCCCUAAACAGAGUGGGCAGUGAUUAAUCACGGGGCCCCGGCCUGGCCCCGCUCUGCCUUCCCCUCAGCCACAGCGCAGCCCCCCACCCCAUCCGUCUCCACAAAUGCUGCCUGAUGCAUAUUUAUAGGGGCACGGGGCCUGGCAGGUGGCAGGGCACCCGGUUGUGCCAAAGAUGAUGAAAAAUAAAUCUCUGCCAGGAUUGGGCAGCCCGGGAGCCUGGCACGGCCACGGCUCCUCACCAGGAUGUCCCCGUCCCGACCUGCUCAGCGUGCUGGCACCGGGGAUGCUGUUGGGCUGUGGGUUUGUGUUCAGCCCCGUGGGCAGGCCCCGUCCUCUGCCCAGCUCCUCUGGCUGUGCCAGUCCUUGCAGCAGCAAGUCCUGCCGGUUGCGAGGCGCGGCAGGCGGCACAGCUGCCUCUCUGCUGGCUGGCUUUCUGCUCAGCCAGACCUUUAGUGUUUGCAUGUCAGCUCCUCAUCUCACACCCGUGUGUCAGGUCGCCGCUGCAGCUCCGUCUCCUCCGUGCGCAGCACGGUCACUGGCUGCCCCUCGUCCCUGCCCUGUGAUUCCUGGUGCCCUGCAGCCUGGAGCUCCAGGGAUGGGAGCCCUGGGUCUGCCUCCUCCCUGCCCACCCCACUCCGGUGGUGCUUGGCUGGUCGGGGUGCGGGUGGCACUGACGCUUCUCUCCUCCGCAGGCGGCGGCGGCACCAUGCAGCCGGAGGCGGAGGGUGGCCGGGCGCGCCGCAGGAAGCCUGACAUGGCGCUCUACGUGCCCAAAGCGCGGCGGGAGAGAGCGGCGCAGGAGGCGGCUGCGAACCACCGGGAGCCCGAGAAGCAGCGCCCGGCGCUGGACAUCGGCCGGGGUGGCUCCGAGGGGCAGAGGAGAAGCCCCGGGGCCAGGACGCACGUGGGCAGGGCCGCCGGCAGAGAGAGCAAGGCGGGCGCUCGCCCCAAGGAGCCCCGGGCAGCCUCCGCCGGGGAUGGAAGGGUGCCAGGCACGCACAGCCGGGGCUCCAAGGCUGGCACGGAGCUGGGAAGCAGCCAGGAGAACCUGAGGGCAUUGCCCAGUGGGCAGGAGCCAAGCCUGGAUCUGAGUGCUGCCCAGCCGUCGGGCAGGCAGGACGAAGUAUCUCAGGACGCAGGGCUCAGGGACCGAAGCUGCAGGGUGCUGAGGACAGUGCCGGACCCGCUGUCCCCACAAGGUGCCCAGCCUGGGGCUGCGGGUCUGACCCCUGAGCCUGGGGGUGACCCCGAUAGCCCAACAGCAGCUCCGCCGAGCGAGGUGUGUCGGACAGAGCCAGGCGGGUUGGAGCACCUGGGGGACAGCACCCCGGGUCCGGGCAGGGACCUCUCGAGGUGCCCGGCACAGGGUGCCCUGCAGCCGGCAGGGGAGGGCAGCACGGGCAGCACAACCCGGCUUACCUGCGAGCGUGCGGGUCUCGGUGGCCAGGAGGAGGAGGAGAAGGAGCACGGGGUGUCUCUCCUCGCAGGGCAGAGCGAGGGCUGUGCCCCCGGGGCCACAGGGGAGGAGGAGGAGAGGCAGGGAGGCAGCGCCGUGGCUGCCCCAGGAGGAGCUGCCUGCGAAGCUGGGUGCUGGAGGGGUGGUGUGGGUGACGAGUUGGUGCCACCGGGGCAGGGUGCAGGCAGCACAUCCCAGCUCCUGCCGGAGCACGUGGGGCAGCUGCUGCCUGGCAAGGAGCAGAGCGCUGAUGGUGCUGGGGAUGCUGGUGGGGAGGGAGUCCCUGUGCCCCAUGGCAGCACCGGGGCUGGGAGCAGCCCACCGGGGGCAGAGAGUGGCACUGGGGAAGGGGCUCCCCCGGGAAGCCACGAAGCCCCGCCGUCCCUGGAGCUGCUGUGCCGCGGUGUGGAGCGGCUCUCACCUGGGACCUGGGCUGAGGAGCGGGUGCAGGUGGAUGGGAACAAAGACUCGCUGCAGCAGCACCGGGAGGAAGAGGAGGAAGAGGAGGAAGAUCUCUGUAGUGGCUCUCCAAAGGCAGGGCCAGCCAGCACUGAGACCCAGAGUCACGACAGCCCGGGCGGCGAGGAGAGCUGGGACGCGCUUUUCAAUGAUGACGGGGACUGCCUGGACCCACGCCUGCUGGAAGAGGUGAGCUCAGCGGGUCGCUCUCGGGGGGGCGAGAAGCGCCGGCAGAGCCUGCAGGAGCCCCGCUUCGACUACUACGGGGCCGAGCCGGCUGCGCCGGACCUCAGCGAUGCCGAGCUGCCCCACGUCAUCGAGAUCUACGACUUCCCCCCGGAUUUCCGCACCGAGGACCUGCUGCGUGUCUUCUGCAGCUACCAGAAGAAGGGCUUUGACAUCAAGUGGGUGGACGAUACGCACGCCCUGGGCAUCUUCUCCAGCCCCAUAACAGCACGCGAUGCCCUCAGCACCAAGCACCUGAUGGUGAAGACUCGCCCGCUGUCCCAGGGCACCCGCGCGGCCAAAGCCAAGGCCAGGGCGUAUGCUGACUACCUGCAGCCGGCCAAGGAGCGCCCCGAAACGUCGGCCGCCCUGGCACGGCGCCUGGUGAUCGGCGCCCUGGGGGUGCGCAGCCCCCAGACCGCUGCCCAGCGGGACGCCGAGCGCAAGAAGCUGCAGGAAGCUCGGGAGAGGAAGCGGCUGGAGAACAAGCAGCGGGAGGAUGCCUGGGAGGGCCGGGAGUGAGCUGCCUUCGUGUUCAGCCCUGCUGGAGGUGCUGCCAGGAGCCUGAGCCCCUCUCUGCGGGCAGGCAGCGCACCAGCACCUGGGGAUGGAGCUGGGGCUGCCGCUGCCCCAUGGGAUCUGUGCAGGAUGGUGCUGGGGCACGGCCACGGGGUGCUCGAGGGCUGUUUGGGGCUGUGCAAGCGCUGUCCCCGCUGGGUGCCAUCGUUUGGUGCUGCCUGUCCUGCCAGGACAGGGUCCCUUGGUGCUGUGGUGGCAGCCAGCGGGACGCGGGGAGCUCGGCGGCGACAGCGCCGGCCACGCAUUGCGGAUCAGCCACGGCCACGCUGGGCCUUGUGAACGAGAGUGUCUUUUAUUUUGCUAAUAAAUGCCGUUUAUUUUGCCUCG